CUGUGGCUCGGGCUCUUUCUACACGAUCUCCGACAAGAGUCUGCUGGUAUCUGCGGCAAAUUGUGCCAGUACCAGUAUGAACAACUUACAUUUUUCAUCCUUUUGAGUAGAGAAAUAUGCGGGCGGAGGCCUGCUUGGAGAGUUCCGUAUAGCUCCUCCGGAUACACUUCAAGCCGGAGCUCUUGGUUUGCGGGGUAAUUGAGUAUUUCCCCCAGUGCUUGGAGUUUCCACCCCGCAGAAUACGGAGCUUCCAUUAUGUGGCCCGCUUCCCAGGCCUUCUUGGUCCAUGGCCCUUUGAUCGGCCAUACUCCGAGUGGCUGCACGGUUGCGCACCCUCGGCUGAGCGGUCAUUUACAUUCCCGGCUUGACGUAUGACAGCUAUAUGUUGUUACGGCGCCUUUCGCUUGUAAAGCUGCUAAUCAAAUGUGCUCUAAAUCUCUUCCAUCUGUGCCGUUCGCAUGUCAAGAUGGCUGUUUGGUACGCCUAUGGAGUCGCGAUUUUCUCUGCAAUCGGAACCUUUCUAUUUGGAUUCGAUACGGGAAUUGCGACAACAACCAUCGCCCAUCAAAGCUGGAUAGAUUACAUGAAUAACCCAUCCAAUGGCCUCACAGGUGCUGUUGUUUCCGUUUACAUUGCUGGAGAAGCAGUCGGCGCGCUCACCCAGACUGCCGUGGGGGAUAAACUUGGACGUCUUCGAUUCAUGGAGCUGCUGUGUGUGAUUGUCACAAUUGGAACAAUCAUCCAGACAGCAGCAGUCAAUAUCGGGAUGUUUCUUGCUGGCCGUGCGUUAGCUGGAUAUGCAGUUGGAGGAUUAGUUGCUACAGUUCCCAUCUACCUAAGUGAAAUAUCGGAUCCUCGCUAUCGCGGUUUAAUCGGUGGCAUCUCAGGUUGCGGUAUCGCCUUCGGAACAAUGGCUUCAAAUUGGGUCGGGUAUUCCUGCAGCUUCGCUCCCUACGGGCCAGUACAAUGGAGACUACCCCUUGGGUUACAAAUUCCCUGGGGUGUCGUGAUGUUUUGCGGGCUCAUCACCUUCAUGCCCGACUCCCCCCGCCAUUUGAUCCGGAAAGGAAACAUUGAGCAGGCUCGAGCAGAAUUCAAGAGAAUCCGCCGGGAUCUACACGCAGAUGAACUCCAGCAGGAGUUUGCCGCGAUGGUUGCGCAGAUUCAGUAUGAGAAAGAGCGAGAGAUAACUUCGUAUAAGGAUAUCUUUCGGCUGUUUAGACGCCGUGCAUUGGUAUCGAUUGCUGUACAAACCAUGACAAGUUUGACUGGUGUGAAUGUGAUACAAUACUAUCAAACAACACUAUACAAAUCCCUCGGCAUAGACUCGCACACCAUCCUAGCACUAGCUGCCGUAUACGGCUCCGUCGCCUUCAUCUUCAACUGCCUCACCACCAAAUACCUAACCGACCAAUGGGGUCGUCGGAAAAUGCUCCUUUCUGGCCUAGCCGGAAUCAUCAUCAUCGAGAUCUAUGCUGCCGUCAUGCAACGCGAGUUUCAAAACACCAAUAACCGAGUCGGCAAAGGCUUCGCCAUUUUGGGAAUAUACCUCUUUGUCGUAGCAUACUACGGAAUGCUCAACAGCACAACCUGGCUCUACGGCGCCGAAGUCCUCCCCAUAGCCAUCCGAAGCAAAGUAAUGGGUCUAGCGGCAGCAUCGCACUUUAUCGUCAACGUCGCCAUCACCGAAGCCGGGCCCAGCGCAUUUGCCAACAUCGGCGAGAACUACUACUACGUCUUCGUCGCAUGCACCGUUUUCUUCCUCACCAUUGCCUAUUUCUACUUCCCUGAAACGAAGCAGCGGACCCUCGAGGAAAUCGCUGCCUCCUUCGGCGAUAAAGUAAUCGUGGCUGGAGAGCGAGGUGAUAGUGAGGAUCCGGAUGCGAAGUGUGAUUCUCAGCGUGUUGAGGUGGUGUAUCAAGAGUGAGUGGUAAGCAGGGCGAUUAUUUCCAUUGUGAUGAGUGCUUGUGAGAGUGCGAACAGGUUAUUAGUCGGAUUGAUCGUGGCUCAAAUAUGCCAUGCUUGCUAGACAAAUGGGAUAUCAUUGAGGAUAUAUGACAUUAGUGGGUUGACUGAUGUCAAACUAACGACAUCUACGAACCCGUUGAAAG